AGUACACCACACCUCAGAGGUUAGCUACGCUGAUCAAUAACGGAUGGAUCGAUGGAGAAAUUAUAUUGUUGAAGCAACGCCUUUUUGUAGAAGGAGCGAUUAGCAUGUGAUUGGUGGUGUGAUCUGACACGUCUGACACAGCUAGUGUUUGGUCAGGGAUAGCUCUGUGUGCCCUCAUGAGAAUUGCGAUCUAUUCAUAUUCAUUGAUACUUAAGUGUAGUUGAAUGACUUAGAUACUCACGUCACCAACAAAAAUGGCGGACACUAAGGGUAAUCCUGAAGAUGCCCCAGGCCCGGUUUCAAGCCAACCUCAACAAUACGGAAUGACUCCACAGCCGCCUCCCGCACAGUAUGGACAACCACCACCUCAGUAUGGACAACAGCCAUAUGGCAUGCAAGGCCAACAAAUGCAGUAUGGAUUUCAAAAUCAGAUGGGACAGCCUGGACAGCAGGUUCAAAUGGCCCCCAUACCCGGCGCGCCCCAAGGGCAAGUAGCGAUCGUAGCGCCCAUGGCACCGAUUCCAGGUUGUCCGCCGGGUUUGGAAUACCUCACUCAACUUGACCAACUUUUGGUCGCGCAGUUGAUUGAGCUAGUAGAGUUGUUUACUGGUUGGGAGAUGAACAACAAGUACAGGAUCAACAACUCCAUGGGACAACAGAUCUACUUCGUGAAGGAAGAGACGGAGUGUUGCGAGCGUCAGUUCAUGGGUCCAAUGAGAGGCUUCACCAUGCACGUCACGGACAACUUAGGCGCGGAAGUGAUGCGGAUAGUACGCCCAUGUAAAUGCCUAGCAGGGUGUUGCUGGUGCGCCACGCGGGACUGUGAUACCUGUGCUUUAGAGUUACAAGUGGAAGCUCCACCCGGAGAGGUGGUGGGCUACGUGCGGCAAGGCAAUUAUUGUUGGACAUCUGAAUACAUCAUCAUGGAUGCGAAUAAGAAAGAUGUGCUCACAGCGAAAGGUCCGUGCUGCCCAGUGCAGACGAUAUGUUGCACGAGCGAUCUUGACUGGGUGAUCUCCUCUUUGGAUCAACAGCACGAAAUUGGUAAAGUAAGCAAGCAGUGGGCAGGAGUGUUUAGAGAAAUGGUGUCGGAUGCCGACAAGUUUGGAAUACACUUUCCGGUUGACCUCGACGUCCGAAUGAAAGCUACUCUUGUUGGCCUCAUGUUCAUGAUCGACUUCAUGUUCUUUGAGCACAAGAAGAACAAUUAAGGGAAUCCUCCCUAUAACAGUGAGAUAAAAUGUUGUGGGUUCUAUGUGUCCCGUGUUCUAUACUUUAGGAGGUCCCAAAAUCAAAAGGGUAUGUGUCCAGUAUUAGGUGUCCCAGCUACAUGUAGCUAAAUAAAUUUCGGUCUAUACACGGAUUCAGGUUUCACAUUAACAUGCAUGAUGCAGGUCAUCCAUCGGCCCCGA